UUAGCACCUAGGACUCAACAUGACACGGACAUUCAUCCUCGGUUCACGAGCAUCCCAACUCGCCAAAGUUCAAACGCUCAUCGUCCGAGAUGCUCUUCAAACCGCUUUCCCUCACGCCACUUUCGACGUCCGGUUCAUGAUCACGGCUGGUGAUAAGAACCAAAAAGAUGCUCUGUACUUGUUAGGAGGCAAGAGUUUGUGGACAGAGGAGCUGGAGGUUGCGUUGGGGAAGGGUGAGAUUGAUAUCAUCGUUCACUCGUUGAAGGAUGUGAGCACGGUUUUACCGGAUGGGUUUGAGAUUGGGGCUAUUAUGGAGAGGGAGGAUCCUGAUGAUGCGUUUGUGUGUAAGAAAGGAUUGGGGUAUACGUGUUUGGGCGAGUUACCGGAUGGAAGCGUGGUAGGGACCAGCAGCGUGAGGAGGGUGGCUCAGUUGAAGAGGGCCUACCCGAAGCUCAUCUUUCAGGAUAUCCGUGGCAACUGUGACACUCGUCUCAGAAAACUAGACGACCCCAAUGGACCCUUCACAGCCAUUAUCCUGGCAAGCGCAGGUUUGAUCCGUUUGGACCAAACCGAUCGAAUCACUUCAUCUGUCACCCCUCCUACAUUAUACCAUGCUGUCGGUCAGGGAGCAUUGGGAAUCGAAUGCCGAGAUGAUGAUGUUGAAGUGAAAGACUUCUUGAAAAAAGUUAUCAGUCAUUAUCCGACAGAGAUGCGAUGCCGGGCCGAGAGGGCUUGUCUGAGAGUGUUGGAAGGGGGAUGUUCGGUCCCCGUAGGUGUCGAGUCGAGUUUCGUUCCCGCGUUCUCUUCCGCCGCCUCUUCUGAGGAAGGGGAUGGAAAGGAAGUUGUUGGAACCUUGACGUUGACUUCUACUGUGACGAGCCUUUCGGGGGAGUUGCAAGUCGCCCAAAUGAUUUGCUAUGAAAAAGUAUGCGGAUUUGAUGAUGCGGAGAGGCUGGGAGAGGAGGUUGCGAGGGCUUUGAUCUCUGGCGGAGCGAGAAAGAUUUUGGAGGAGGUUAACGUGAAGAGGGCGGAGAAGCAGAAGAGGGAUAAGGAGGCGAAGGAGUCAAGUAAAGUUGAGCCUCCACUGGCUCAUGUGGAUUCGUUCUUGAAUCAGCCUCGGAAGGGGGAGGUGGCUACACCGGUGCAGGUGGAUGCCAACUCUACUUCCUCAACUCCCUCGUGGAUCUCGUACUUUUCCACAUUGUUCUUGCCGAUAUCCGUUGAGCCGAAGGAGACAUUAAGGCAGCUGCCUGGGGCUUGGCCCGAGACAUCAUAGUAUCCCGGAGCCAUUCCCCUGAACUUGAAGUGGUCUCCAACUCCGCCAAACCCCCCCCCCCCCCUUCUUCACCCGGCGAAUGGAACAAAACCAUUCUCCCACCUUCCCUUAUUCUUGUAUCAACCUACUCUCCCACAAGCUAAUUUUCGGGGAAUUCGCCAUUCCCGUGUGUACUUUCCCCUUUUCACACUCGCUUUCCAAAAGGAGCACAUACACACACGCACUGCUUCUGCACGAUUUCUACUUUAUUUUAUUUUUUUCUCGGACGACAAGUACUUCUGAGUGCGUUGUUGACCAUAGGGAUAGACCGAUCGAAUCAGAACGUUCAAGUUAGCAUGCACUUGCCCUUCCACAACCUUUUCUUAAUUCGCUGCCUAAGUGGGCACCGGGCCAUGUGCAGAAUGUACUUCAAUAGAUACGCAUUCAAUUUUCCACCACGUGCAUGGGAA